UGUCGCGCGAACUCCGUCGCGAAAAGUCAACACCUGAAAAGCGACGGCCCGGCGCACGACUCCGCGAUGACGCGCGUUUAUCAGCCCUCCGACUAUGUCGUCGAGAAAUCGCGCAUACCAUCUUUCGAUAAAUACAAAGAGAUGCACAAAAAAUCCCUCGAAGAUCCCGAGGGUUUCUGGUCUGAAAUAGCCAAUGAAUUUUAUUGGCAGACACCGCCGCAGCCUGGUAACUUCGUGUCCUACAACUUCGAUAUAAACAAGGGGAACAUUUUCGUGAAAUGGAUGGAAGGAGCGGUGACCAACGUUUGUUUCAACCUCCUAGAUCGCAACGUGAGGAACGGCCAUGGAGAUAAAAUUGCAUAUUAUUGGGAAGGCAACAGCCCCGAUGACUACUGCCGGGUGACGUACAAAAAGCUGACAGAGUUGGUGUGCCAGUUCGCCAACGGACUGCGGGACAGCGGCGUGACCAAGGGCGACCGGGUGGCCGUCUACAUGCCCAUGAUUUUGGAGACGGUGAUCUGUAUGCUGGCAUGUGCGAGGAUCGGCGCGGUCCAUUCCGUUGUGUUCGCAGGUUUUUCAUCGGACUCUCUAGCGGAGCGCAUGUCCGAUUGUAAAGCGAAAGUGUUGGUGACUGCGGAUGGCGGCUGGCGAGGGGAGAAACUCCUUGUGCUAAAGAACAUCUGUGACGAAGCCAUACAAAAAGCGAAGACGAAGCACAAUCACACGAUCAAAUCCUGCAUCAUUGUGUCUCAUCUCGAUCGAGUGACGCCCUGCGGCCCGUUGCCUGAAGAUAUUCGCACUUUAUACAAAUGGAACGAUGAGAGGGACAUCUGGUGGCAUGAUCUGUUGGAGGGGCAGUCCACCAUCUGUCCCCCGGAGUGGAUGGCCGCUGAAGACCCACUGUUUAUGCUGUACACUAGCGGAUCAACGGGGAAGCCCAAAGGUGUAUUGCACACCACCGCGGGAUAUCUCGUGUACGCCACGGCUACGUUCCGUUACGUUUUCGACUACGUGGACAAAGACGUCUUUUGGUGCACAGCCGAUGUGGGAUGGAUUACCGGACACACGUAUGUUGUGUACGCGCCUUUAGCGAACGCCGCUACCUCUGUGAUUUUCGAGGGCACGCCAUUCUACCCCGACAACGACCGCUACUGGGCCCUCGUGGACAAGUUCAAAGUCACCCAGUUCUACACGGCACCCACCGCUAUCCGCUCUCUUACCAAGUUUGGGGAUGAAUACGUCAAAAUGCAUAACCUGUCGACUUUGCGAGUUCUCGGCAGCGUGGGAGAACCGAUCAACCCCGAGGCGUGGUUGUGGUACUACAACCUGGUGGGGCACGGCCGCUGCUCCAUCGCGGACACCUUCUGGCAGACGGAGACUGGUGGCCAUGUGCUCACCAGCUUGCCAGGCGCCACUCCCAUGAAGCCUGGAGCUGCAGGUUUUCCAUUCUUCGGCGUGGAACCCUCGCUUCUGGACGAGAAUGGCCAGCUGAUCGAAGGCCCGGGGGAAGGGUACUUGGUGUUCGCGCGCCCUUGGCCCGGCAUCAUGAGGACACUGUUCGGAGACCACGACCGCUACGAGAAAGUAUACUUCUCCAAGUUCCCUGGCUACUACUGCACGGGAGAUGGUGCUAGGAGGGACGAAGAUGGCUUUUUGUGGGUAACCGGACGUAUCGACGACAUGCUCAAUGUCUCCGGACAUCUGAUGUCCACCGCCGAAGUGGAGGGCGUGCUGACUGAGGAGCCGAGGGUCUCCGAAGCUGCCGUGGUGUCCAAGCCGCACCCGAUCAAGGGCGAGUCGUUAUACUGCUUCGUCAUUCUGAAUGACGGUGCAAAAUUCGACGCCGAUCUAAUAAACUGCCUGAAAAAACUCGUCAGGCAAAGAAUUGGUGCAUUCGCAGCCCCGGAUGUGAUCCAGUAUGCUCCUGGUCUUCCCAAGACUAGGUCGGGAAAGAUCAUGCGGCGGAUCCUCCGCAAAGUCGCUUUGGGAGACCGGGAUAUUGGCGACACGUCCACUCUCGCUGAUCCCGGAGUGGUGGAAGAGCUCUUCAAAAAUAGGCCGUAAAGCGUCAUGUUUCAAGUUAGUUCAAGGCGGUUAUUUGUUUCUUAUUAUGUAGGUAUGUGUUUACCUUUAUGUUGUUCUCGACAAGAUCCAUCCGCUUCCAUACAGUAGCCCGCAUAUUAUAAAGUUAAAACACUCUUACGGCUGUCAGCUUUGCAAAAUGUACUGGAUUUAUUUUUAGCGACUGUAGAUGUCGAUAUCAUAGAAUAUACCUCCUAUCAAUAGUUCCUUGCAUAAUAUAUAUUUUCCUGGCAAAAAUCCAUGAAUAAAAGAUGUCUUAAAAUGUUUAUUUAUAAUUGCAAUAAAUGAAUCGGCUAUAAGUAUUUAAAAAAAAAUAACAAUGAUACAUUCUAUUGUUUAUGUAUAUGAAAAACGGUAAAAAUAAUCAACUUAUAACUUGCUUGAUAAACUGUUAUAAACUUACUAUGAAAUAAGAAAAAAUUUAAUCUUAUCCAUUAUAUUUGUAUUGACUAUCGAAUAGGUAUUUAUUUAUGUCUGUAUAGAAAGCGAUGUGACAUACAAAAGAACUUUUGAAAAGUAAAAAUGUUAUAUAAGUAAGAACAUUUUCGGUCUUACAUUUGUUGAAAUAGUUCUUAGAGCUUUGUUUAUAUUUAUUAACUUAGCUUUAGUUGGUAUUAGACACCAAAAAACAUUAUUUAUCAUUCCACAAGGUACUGUUUGUAUAUUUGGUAGUAUUUUAUUUCCUUUAGAGCUGUGGAUAUUUUUGUUGCCCCUUUAUUGUACAAUGUGCAGUCACUUGCAUUAAUAAGAGCACACCUUUCUAAAUAUCUGCUUCUUCUUUUCAUAUAUAUAAUUAUGUGUGUUUUAUUGCACCUGACUGUACAAGCUGGUAACAGUAUAUUUUAUAGCUUUUUUUACUGGUUGUUCGGUUGUGAUUAUUUUUCAGUUUAUGAAUUAAUUCUGAUCGCACAAUUUAAAAUGAAGUGUUAUUCGGCAAUAGUUACCGAUAAAACAUUAAGAUCUUAUUAGUAGUCUACGUCAGGGAAUGGCGAUUUUUGGAAAUUUUAAUAUAUUUUAAUUUAACUAGGGGAUGGACCUCUAUACACGUAUAUUUAAUAUCUAGAUUUAUAUGUGUCUAUCAAGUGUCUAUAUACAGAUAUAAUAAUAGCUUGAUAUUUAUAAUGAUCAUUAAAAGAUGACUAUUACUAAACACUAGUUCGUCUUAAAUCAAAUAAGCAGGCAUAUGUCUACUUAGUAGGUACUUAGGAUUUAUUAAAGUGUAUUGUAAGCUAUGUUAUAAAAUUCUCAAAGCACUUAUUUGUGAUGCACAAAAUAGGUAAGUCGCGUAGGCGAAAUAUGUAUACCUAUGUAAAAGAGGCAUGUCGUGGGGAGAUUUUAAAAUUAAUCAGACCAUGAUUACGACAAACGAACAAUAAAUCUCAACUACCAUUUAUACUACACUAAUAUUAUAAAUGCGAAAGUAAGUUUCUUUGUUACCUCUUCACAGUUAGGUAUAACACUUAAGUUAUCUUCAUUAAAUGUGCGUUUAGUUUGGAGUACGAUAAAGGGCGUAUUAUUUUUCCGCGAGGGUGGAGCCGCGGGCGAAAGCUAGUAAAUUGUAUUCAGAUAAACCAACCGGAAAUGGUCAAAAAAUUAUAGAUCUAUGUUAAUUGAAUUUUAAGAUCUAACUAGGACAUGCGUAAAAUCAUAACUUUAAGCUUCUUGCGUGUAAAAAGAAAUGCAGGGCGCGUAUUAACCAAUUUCGAACAAGAAAAUUUGACUUGGAUCCCUUCAUAACAACACUAGCUUAAAAAUUCAGCAGAAUAUAAUGUAAUAACAUUGUUUGAGAUCGAUAUUCGUAGGUGCCGUGUGGUCCCCAGCACUGUGGUCCCCAGCACUUUAAAAUAAUAGGACCACAUCAUCUCUUUCCCAAGGAUGUCGUAAAACGCGACUAAGGGAAUAAGCGCACAUUCAUUUUGUGCAAGCCAAUUUAAUAAUUUUUCUUACCUAUGCUUUUGUUAUUAACUGGUUCACUUUAUAAAACUUUUAAGUAUUUUUCGAUUAGGUACCUAACCUACUCUUUUAGUUUUCACUUUUAUUUAUCCUGAGCACAAUUCGCUUAAAUUUUUCAUCAGCUGUAAUUGGUAAAUAUGCGCCAUGACAUGAGCAUUAUAUUGAGCUUCAAGAUCUAAGCCAAGUUUAGGUUAUAGUAGGCAUAAGACAUAUGUAGAUUGUAGACAGAACAAACUACGUGCAUGGCCAGCAAUAACGAACAUACAGAAAUAAGCUUAAAAUAUUGUACGUGUAAUUAUAUUUUAUUUCACAGAUAUUGUCAUAAUAAUAUAUAAAAUGUUGUUAAGUGUGUAUAUAAAUAUGUGAUGCUAUUUCUUGAAUGCGUUUAACAAUUCGACUGAAUAAAUAUCAUCUUCAGA